GUGACUUAACAUGUGACAUUUUCUAUUUUGCAGAUUUUCCAAAAACAGUGAAAUAAUGAAGGGAUCAUCGAAGACAUCAUCAUCUACCAGUAAGAAGGCAUUGGAUUUACCAAAUUACAGGAUUGUUAAAACAGUCGGCCGUGGAUCCUUUGCGAAGGUGAAAUUGGCUGAGCAUAUCGCGACGGGGCUCAACGUCGCUAUCAAAAUCUUCAAUCGCCUUAAGAUGAAGGACACGGAAAUGGACUUCAAAGUACAAAGGGAGAAUAGAAUUGUCCAAUCUCUGACGCAUCCAAACAUCAUAAGACACUAUGAAGUCAUAGAGACUCCAAAGAAGAUUUAUGUUGUCAUGGAAUACAUCAAAUCAGGUGAGCUCUUUGACUACAUUAUAGAGAACGGUAAAGUACCACAAGACAAAGCUCGACAUCUCUUCCAACAGCUCAUAUCUGGUGUGGAGUACUGUCACCGCAAUAGAGUCAUCCACCGCGAUAUCAAGCUAGAGAAUGUGCUUAUGGAAUCAGAAUCCAAAAUCAAGAUUCUUGAUUUUGGUCUAAGCAAUGUCAUGGAAGAUGGUGACACUCUUAAAACUAGCUGUGGAAGCCCUAACUACGCGGCUCCAGAGGUCAUUAGUGGGAACCCAUAUUCUGGACCUGGAGUAGAUGUAUGGAGUUGUGGAGUGAUACUCUAUGCUCUCUUAAGCGGCUAUCUUCCAUUCAUCGAUGAACAUCUUCCGAGUUUGUACAAUACGAUCAUGAGAGGAGAAUAUCGUAUCCCAUUUCAUUUACCAUCUCUUGCUAGAGAUUUGAUAUCGAGGAUGCUUACGGUUGAUCCAUUUAGGAGGAUUACGAUUCCUGAGAUUCGACGGCAUCCGUGGUUCAUUGUUAAUCUUUCUCCUAGCUGUUUUCUUCCUUUAGUAGAUGCUACUGAUGAACAAGCUAAGAUUGAGGAGGAGAUAGUUCAGAAAGUGGUUGACAUGGGAUUUGAUAGAGACCAAGUUCUUACAUCUUUUGCUAAUAAGGUCCAAAAUGAGGCUACAGUUGCAUACAAUCUAAUACUGGACAACCAAGACCAAAACGGUGUGCCUAAUGACAAUCCUCAAUCCAUGUAGAGGUAUCAGUAUCUCGUGUUGGCCAUUUGUUUCCUGCUGCAUCAACUAGUACUGGACCAAGAUCUGAGGGCAAAUGAAUAAGAUCUUCAAAGAUAAAUCUAUGGUGACCAUGAGGAUAUGAAGAAGGUGCCAUCUAUCAUCAGUGGUUUUAGAUGAUUCUUGCUUCCAUUGUAACUGUAUUUGCUAAAAA